AUGGCUGCCAUCGCGAACAGCGGCCUCGAGCAGCGGCAGAUAAUCUCUGACCCUGCCGAGAUCAGUGAUUUCUUCCGGGACCCUUUCGGCACAGGAAAAGCCACCAAGACAGAGGCCGUUUCUCAAGACGACGGCAAAGAGGAGACAAAGACCGAUAGCGAGGGUCAGGACACCGUUGUCACAGAAAAGUCAACGAUCACUGACGGUCUCACCACCAAGACCGACUCAGGGAGGACCAUCACCGUGCCCAACAAUGAAGUCGUCACUAUCACAAGACACACGACCAUCGUCACAAACCGACCACAGCCUUCAAGCAACACAAGUUCCGACGCCACAUCGGCAGCAACUGGCCCUAUCACAGAAGGACCGUCCGUAACUACAGGCUCUCCUACAGAGACGCCAGGGCUCGACGAGUCGCACGACGGAGGCUUCCCAAUGGGGGCUAUUGUCGGCGGCGCCGUCAGUAGUGCGUUGCUUGUAGUGGUGGCCGUAAUUGCGAUGAUCGUUCUCAAAAGGCGUUCUCGUCGGCGUCGAGAUGACACGCAGAGCUCUCUCAGCAGCAAUGACCAGUAUAAGCGUACAGACCGCUUCGACGACAAGCACUUUCCCCAGCGUCAGAGGUCAGCUCAUACUGCGGAUACUGCUCAAACUACGGCCACUGGGGUCGGUGACCCGUUUGCUCCCUUUGGAGGUCGGGUUGACAAGGACUCGGAGUGCCCGAUCCGCCCGCAAAGCAAUACCUUCGAGAUGGACGCCACGACCGCUGUACCUGCGGAAUUGCCAGACUCGAGUGCAUUUGCGGCCAACCCGACAACGACUGUGCGUGCUCCAGUGCCAGUUGAGCCUGCCGCCCCUGCUCAACCGGGAGCAAACCUCGACCCUUUGGAGACAGGACAAGGUAAACCCAAGUACAUCAACCACUGGGAUCAAUACCGAGCCAUGGGGUCUGCGCAAGAGGACAAGGAGUGA